ACAAUAAUUAUCAAUUUUUCUCGAAUUUCCAAAAAAAAAAUUUAGAACUCUUAUAGCUAUAUACUUUUGUAUCUAUGACUGCAAAAUGAUACUGUGAAUCAUGACACAAAGCCGAGAAGAUGAAAUUCUUGCCUUCAACACCACUCAAAGUGUAAAGAAAAUAUAAAAAGAAAUAUAUGGAGUAUAAGAGAAUACACUAGGAAGAAAAGAAUUAUAACCCUUUUUGUUGAAACUCUAAACUAUAUAUAAAAAGUCAAAAACAUAGUAGUAGUAGUAAAUAAAGAAAACAAAAUAAAGAAUGGCUUCUCUCCGUUUUCCUUUCUUGUUUUCUCAGCCCCAAAAGACACCAUCUUCCGUCACUUCCAAUGCCCCAUCUAACUUCUUCUCCUCCGUCGCCGUCGCCGUCGCAGCCGGUGGUUCCGCUGGAGCGAUCAUUGCCAUAACUCAAAGCUCCAAAAAUCCGUUUUUGGAAAGUGCUAAGAAUUUCCUACUUUCCAAUUUCUCACCUAACAAGAAUCAUGCGUCGCCUUUAUGGGGUUGUGUUUCUCUAGCUGAUAAUUCAGCUCCGGUAACGGAACCGAGGACUGGAAUGUCAUUUCCGUCGAUUUUGAAAGAUACUCAAAGACUCCUCGGAAUUGGGCUGCGUAAAAAAGCUGUUUUUGGGUUGAAAAAUAUUGAUGUCUAUGCUUAUGGUGUUUAUGCUGAUGAUGCUGAUGUGAAGAAGUAUCUGGCUGAGAAGCAUGCAGAGCACUCUGUUUCUGAAAUUCAGCAAAAGGAAGAGUUGAGAAAUCAUCUCAUGGAAAACGAUAUACGUACGACUGUUAGGCUUCAGAUAGUCUAUGGCAGACUAAGUAUUAAAUCUGUCCGCAGUGCUUUUGAAGAAUCUGUUGGCAGCAGAUUACGUAAGAUCGGAGGAUAUGAUAACAAAGAAUUGCUCCAAAGGUUCACUUCCCAGUUUAAAGAUGAUAUUAAAUUACCUCGGGGAUCUAUCAUAGAACUCUCCAGAGACCAUGACUACGUACUUCACACAAGAAUUGAUGGGAAGGAAAUGGGAAGCAUACAAAGCAAACUCUUAUGCAGAUCAAUUCUAGACCUAUAUAUUGGUGAUGAGUCAUUUGACCACAAAGCCAAUGAAGAUGUCGAGUCGAACUUGGCUUCUCUACUUCACAAGUAGCUACUUCUUUGGCAUAAAGAGAAUAUAUCAACACAAGGAAUCGAGUUGUGGUGAUAUUGACUAGUUAGAACUGUUUUCCCCCCUCAGAAGUUAUACCUAACUCAUGUUAGGCGCUAUGUGUUGGUUGAUCUUUAAAUAGUUGAACUAGAGAUUUAAUCUCUUGCAAGCAGAACUUGGAUUUAUAUUUAUAUGCCAAUGAAUUGUUUUUUCUACUCCUGUAAUAUCCUGCUUCGGAAUUUUUAUAGCAUAAUUGAAAUAAGUAUCUUGCCUUGGUUACCAAA